AUGGCCCGGCCGGUGCAGCUGGCGCCGGGCUCGCUGGCGCUCGUGCUGUGCAGGCUGGAGGCGCAGGAGGCGGCGGCGGGCGCGGAGGAGCCUGGCGGGCGCGCGGUCUUCCGCGCCUUCCGCCGCGCCAACGCGCGCUGCUUCUGGAACUCGCGGCUGGCGCGCGCCGCCUCGCGGCUGGCUUUCCAGGGCUGGCUGCGGCGCGGGGUGCUGCUGGUGCACGCGCCUCCCGCCAGCCUGCAGGUGCUGCGCGACGCCUGGUGCCGCCGGGCGCUGCGCCCCCCGCGCGGCUUCCGCAUCCGGGCGGUGGGAGAUGUCUUUCCAGUGCAAAUGAAUCCAAUAGCUCAAUCUCAGUUUAUACCUUUGGCUGAAGUUCUUUGCUGUGCUGUAUCUGAUAUGAAUGCUGCCCAGAUUGUGGUGACACAGGAAUCACUGUUGGAGCAUUUGAUGAAACACUACCCAGGCAUUGCAAUUCCAUCUCAAGAUAUUCUCUAUACCACUCUGGGAACUCUGAUUAAAGAAAGGAAGAUUUAUCACACUGGAGAGGGAUACUUCAUAGUCACCCCUCAGACUUACUUCAUCACGAAUACAACCCCUCAAGAAAAUAAGAGAGACCUAUCAGAUGAAAGUCACCCGGUGCCAACUUGCAUUAGGUAUCUGGUGAGCGUAGCCAGCUGUGCGGAACUAGCCAAAGGCAAUGCUGCCCCCAUUUCCCAUUGUCAGUCUUGCCGGUGUUUCCCUGACCCGUGCACUCAGGACGUAGAGGCGACACCGGCGGCUGCAGAAAUGGCUAGAGAAGGCCAGAAGGGUCUUCAGGAAUCCAGAUCUUUGGUACAGAAUCGAGCGGUUUCAGUGUCUGAGGAGAAUCACAUCUGUGAAAGUGCCAAACCAUUACCAGACACAAAAGACAGAGAAAAAGGCAAGAAGUUUGGCUUUAGCCUCUUCUGGCGUAGUCUAUCCAGGAAGGAGAAGUCCAGAACAGAGCACAGCAGUUUCUCUGCCCAGUUCCCACCAGAAGAAUGGCCCGUCCGAGAUGAAGAUAACUUGGACAAUAUCCCUCGAGAUGUCGAACAUGAGAUUAUCAGAAGAAUUAAUCCCAUUCUGACCGUUGACAACUUAAUCAAACAUACAGUCUUGAUGCAAAAAUACGAGGAACAGAAACAAUAUAAUAGCCAGGGCACUUCCACUGAUAUGCUGACGAUGAGGCAUAAAUAUCCUUCAAAAGAGGGAAUGAGGAACCGCAGGGGCUGGUCUGCAAAGCCUCGAAGAAGGCGGGGCCCUUCUCAGAGGGAUAGGCACAAAGCCGGGAGUCCGGGAAGCGAGCCUCAGCCAGGAAGCAUUAGACUGGAGAAACAUCCCAAGCUCCCUGCUACACAACCCACCCCCAGAAUUAAAAGCCCAAAUGGAGCAGUAGUUCAGAAACCACUUGAUGAGAACCUGUCAGUGCUGGGGUCCCAUUUGAUUUACAAGAAGCGAAUUAGUAAUCCUUUCGCAGGUUUUUCUCCCCGAGGGAUUCCAGUAACCAAAGGGCACAACAUCCAGAAGACCAGUGAUCUGAAACCCAGUCAGACUGGACCAAAGGGAAAGCCUUUCCCAAGGUCAAGGUCUUUGGACUCCUCAAGAAUCUUUGAGAGUGAACUCAAAGAGCCACAUGCUGAACAAUGUAAAGAUAAACCGAUGGCAGAAUCCAUUUAUGUGAAUAACUCUGCCGUCAAACCUGUCAGUGAUGACUUCAGAGAUCCCCUCUUAAAUUACUCUCAAUGUAGUGUUUUGCAAAAUGGCAGUAAAUGUUCCUUUCAGGAAAGCAUGUUGAGAUAUGAUGUAUAUGGUGGAAAAAACGAGGUAAUCCCUGAAGUCUUGAGGAAAAGUUAUUCUCCCUUUGACACAUUAGGGGAAGCCACAGAAACACGGCAUGUCCUGCUGUCACAAGGUUCCUCCUCUUUAGGCCAUGCCUCCUCUGCUUGUAGAAUAGUUGAUCAAACAACACACCAGUUCCAAAAUCUUGGUCUUCUGGAUUACCCAGUUAGUACGAACUAUUUGAGACAACCUGAGAGACAAGAUGGAGACUUAGAAGAAAUACCAACGAGAAAGGCAUUUGUCCCGGAAGCAGAGACUGUGGAUCUAGAAAACAAGGGGCUUUCUGAUGAUAAGCAGGCCUUGUAUCAGAAUGAACUGGAAGAUGAUGAUGGUGCUUGUAGUUCAUUAUAUCUAGACGAGGAGGACUUUUCCGAGAAUGAUGACUUAUGUCAAAUGUUGCCUGGCCGCAUUCAGUAUUCCUUUGCAGGGAGAAGCAAGUGGAAUCAUUUGGGGAAACAGAAAGUGACAGAAAUAUCUCUGACUGAGUACAACAACAAAAUACACAGGUCUGAGCUUCAGGUGCUUGAAGGAAAUGAGUGUUACAAACCCACUGGGUUUUUUACUAACCCAGGUGAAAGCCAAACACCUAAUCUCUCUGCUGAAAGUGGUGGCCUCAAUUCAGGGACUCAGUCCAGUUUUAACUAUGAAGAGGAACCCAGUGUUGCUACAUGUGCACAGGCCUCAGCAUCCGCGGAUGGAAGUAUAUUUGAUUACUAUAGCACAAGGAAAGCCCAUUCUGAGACUGAAACCCUCCAAGAUUCUGUUGGUGACACAGGAAAGAAACCAGCUAGCUGGAGUCAGAGUGCUCAGAAUCAGGGAAUGAGAAAGCAGUUCACACAAAAGUUAGAACUUUUCAAUACUUCACGUAGGCCAGUGUUGGCUCAGGAUAUCCAACACGAACACAGUCAUUUGGAAGGAACAGAAAAUCAGAGCAUGGCAGGAGAUAGUGGAAUCGAUUCUCCACGGACACAGAGUCUGGCAUCUAAUAAUUCAGUCAUUUUGGAUGGACUAAAAAGAAGACAGAAUUUUCUGCAGAACUUUGAAGGCACAAAGAGUGGUCAAACACUCACAUCCAGUUCCUUACUACAACUAACUCCAGUCAUAAAUGUUUAA